UUUGUGAGAACGUGCACAGACAGCAAAUCAAACUUGGUUUAGCAUAUUUUAAGUGUGUCAGUCUAAAAUCGGUUACAUAUUUUUCUGCAGUUAGAUGAAGUCAGAUAUGCGUAAAAUGGACUAAAAUGUGAAGUGGAAACAUCAACAACGACAUAGUGCGUUCGUUACGCUUUUUGGCUCAGACAGUGCGGAACCACGGAUGGGGAAGCGUGGAGACUGAAGCGGGGAGCCGGGAGUGGGGGGACAAUGGCGUCGGGGCCUGGUGUUUCUAUGCAUAGCAGUAGUCCUGCGAGAGAGCUUUCUCUCUCAGCUCAGCAAGGAGGGAGUCAGACGCAUGGAGAUCGGGUCAGACCCGAAGACGUAACAGAAGCAGAGAAGCAAAGUCGCAUGGCUGCUCUGCUGGAGAGGCUUCAUGCCAAACACAGUGCUUCACGGCCAUGGCAGGAGACCUGCAAGGUUGUGCGUCAAGCCAUGGAGAAACGCGGUGCGAUGAAUACAGCAGGUCACCAUCUCCUGCUCACCUGCCUGGAGACCCUGCAGAGAGCACUUAAAGUCUCAUCACUGCCCUCCAUGACAGAUCGUUUAGAAUCCAUUGCUCGACAAAACAUGCUGGGCUCUCACCUCAGCCCAUCAGGGACAGAGUGCUACAUCACAUCAGACGCAUUUUAUGUGGAGGUGCAGCUGGACACCAGUGGCGAGCUAGUGGAUGUCAAAGUGGCACAUCAGGGAGAAAACCCUACGAGCUGUCCUGAGCUGAUUCAGCAUCUAAGGGAGAAGAACUUUGAAGAGUUUUCCAAACAUCUAAAGGGACUGGUUGACUUGUACAAGCUUUCUGUGGACAACAAACUGAAAACCAAGAUGUAUAUAGCACUGCAGUCUUUGGAGCUUGAUCUCACCAAGAUGAUGCAUAUGUUUAGGUUAGCAACCAGUGCUAAUACAGUGGAGACUAUUCUUCAUGGUAGUGUGGGACUGCUGACAGCCAGGAGCGGUGGCCAUCUUGUUACUCUUCAGUGUUACGUGUCCCCUUAUGACAUAUUUGAGGAGGGAACAGGCACACAGCUCAACUUAACAGACAACAAUGUGCCACACUCUCUUGGUGUCAGUGUGUCUGUGACAAUUGAGGGUACCUCCGCCAUUUACAAGCUCCCAAUUGCUCCACUCAUCACUGGAUCCCACCCAGUGGACAACAAGGGAACACCUUCCUUUUCCACUGUGACCAACUCCAACUGUGUGGACCUGCCAGCUUGUUUUUUCCUCAAGAUGAAUCAUCCCAUGCCUUUCUCUCUGUCCUUUAUUCAGAGGAUGGUUAAUGCUACUUCAAUCCCAGUGUUUGAGACAUCUCCCAGCCUUUCACCUCUUUACCAGUUAAUCGUCCAGAGCCAGCUCCAGCGCCUAGAGGAGGGCAGCUCCACACCGCCACCCUCACACAACAUGCACUUUUAUUCUGUGUUACCAGAUCAACAGCACUGUUACUUCCUGAAUGGUGAUGCCCCAGUGCAAGACGGCCGUUCUCUUCAAGGAGCACUGGUUUCUAAGAUCCCCUUCCGCCACCCAGCACAAGUGCCACUCCUGUUGGAUAUCAUCCGCUACCAGGCAGCUUAUAACACCUUGAUUGGCAGCUGUGUGAAACGAACUGCCAUCAAAGAAGACAGUGCAGGCCUGCUGCAGUUUGAAGUAUGCCCUCUUACCGACUCCAGUUUCAGUGUCUCUUUUCAGCACCCAGUCAAUGAGUCAUUAGUCUGUGUGGUGAUGGAGGUGAUUGACUCGAGACAGGUAUCCUGCAAGCUAUAUAAGGGAUUGUCAGAUGCUUUGAUCUGCACUGAUGAGUUUAUCACAAAGGUGGUGCAGAGAUGCAUGUCCAUUCCUGUAACCAUGCGAGCCAUUCGGAGGAAAGCGGAGACAAUCCAGGCAGACACUCCAGCCCUCUCACUGAUAGCACAGACAGUGGAGAUCAUGGUGAAGAAUAACCUGCCUCCUUCUGGUAGUCCCACCUACAACAUGGCAGGAGGCGAUGGAACUAACCCCAUGGGACUGCCUGGUCUCACAGGGGGCAACACACCAACUGGGGCAGGACCUGCUGGGGGACCCAGUUUUACAGGUCCAAUUACUUCUCUGUUUGGGAUAUCCCGAACAGAGAGACAGGCCCAAGGAGGAGAGUGCCUAACACAAGGAGGGGUGGCUGGCCAGCAACAGUUGCAGCAACAACAGCAAGGUCAAGGCCAUUCUGACGACUACAGCAAAGUGACCCAAAAUCCCAUACUAACAAGUCUGUUACAGAUAACUGGAAGUGUGGGUUCGAGUCCCAGCUCCCAGAAUGCACCACCGCCCCACCAAACACCACCGCCAACAUCCUCCCCUGCCAGCAAUACCAAGAAUCAUCCUAUGUUGAUGAACUUGUUGAAAGAUAACCCCACACAAGAUUUUGCUGCAUUGUAUGGUUCGAGUCCAUUAGACAGACAGAAUUCUUCAUCUGGCUCCCCACGGACUGAAGGCGUGGGUGGAACCUGCCCUGGAGGUAGCACAAAGGGGAAGAAGAAGCGCCCACGAACGACAGAAAAGGGUGGCAUGUUGCCUGGAACUGCGGGUGGUGGUUUAGGCAUGAAAUCACAAGUCUCUUCCAUGCCACAGCAUCACCAGCACCAUCAAGUCACACAUGAAGAUGAUUUCCACCGUGAGUUGCUUUCUAUGGAUGUGGAUGCUUCUCAGAAUUCUAUCUUUGAUGUUAACCUAACUGGUGAUGGCCUAGACACGCCCCAUAGCAUCACUCCAGCACCAAGCCAAUGUGAAACACCACCUUCUGGUCCCAGCAUGCCUUAUUCACAGUCUCAUGUCCAGUCUCAGCAACAGCAACCACCAGGCACUGUGCCACCGCGUAUGGUCCGCCUCUCCAGCUCUGAUAGCAUUGGGCCUGAUAUCACAGAAAUCUUAUCAGAUUUGCCAGAGCAGACAGGAAAAGGCAGUAGUGGCGGCCAUGGGCAGCACCCCAUGGGCAGUGGUGGGGAGGAUGGAGGCCUCCUAGGUACUCCCAUCCGUGAUUCUUCCAGUUCAGGUCAGGGCAGCGCAGUAUUUGACUCAGCAGACAUUUUCAAUACCAACAGCAAUGAGAAUCCUUUCACAGAUGCUGCUGAUCUUAUUGCUGAGGCAACUGCUGCUACACCCACCAGCGAUUCCUCUUCCACAAACUUCUUUCCUGAUGCUGCAGACUUCAACCCUGACCUCCUGACCUCAAGCCAUGGCUUCUCCCAGAAUUAUUUUGAUGACAGCUCUCCCAGUGCUGAUGGAGACAUGGACCUGGUCAAGGGUUUUGUGGGAGGCAGCCAGCAGAAUACUCCAUCAGGAACACCACAGAAUCCCACUCCACAUGGGCAGAACACCCCAGAGCCCUCACUGAAGGACCCUUUUGAUAUGGGAAUAGUUUUCACUGGCAGCGGAGGUGGCAAACCGCUUCUGGGGCAAGCUCCUGAUUUGGGGGAGACGCAUGGUGGAGGGUCCCAGAGCCCUCUUAUGAUGGGGCUCGGAGCAACAUGUGGUGACUUUAAAAGUGCAGAACCUAAAGUGAAACAGCAACAGGGACUCAUACGGGCAAAGGAUGAGAACGGGGGCAGUGGAGGGAGCAGCUCUGGGGUGGGAAUGGGGAGCAGCUCAACAGACGGCAAACAAGUUAAACGUAGCAGGACCCCAUCCAGUGAGGGAAAGUCUAAAGAUAAGCCUCCCAAGCGCAAAAAGGUGGACCCUGAUGGGAAGUCCCCCUCUCACAGCUCAGGGGGACGACCAUACACUCCCCCUAGUGGUGGCUCAGGCUCUGGGGGAAGCAUAAGUGGAGGAGGUUCCAAGUCUCCUGGUAGUUCAGGACGCUCGCAAACUCCUCCUGGUGGUGCCACACCUCCGAUUCCCAAAAUUACAAUUCAGAUCCCAAAAGGGACCAUAACAGGGGGAAAAACUACAUCCCAUAGUGGAUACACCUCCAGCAGCUCAGCCACAAGUAAUACAGGAGGAACAGGGGGAACCAGCAGCAGCAAAAGCCAUCAUUCUCACUCUUCUUCCUCUGGGAAGAUCAAGUCUAAGGAAGGCUCAGUGACACAAGGCAAUAGCUCCAAGCCAGGGAGUGCAGGAGUAGGUGGUGGAGGUGGGCCAUCCCAGUCUAAAGGGUCCUCCCAAGGAAUGGGUGUUGGCAAGCCAGGAUCCUCCCCUAUCACCAAACAUGGGCUGUCUGGACCUGGAGGCCCUGGAGGUGGAAUUGGAAGUGGAAAUAAAAUUAAGCCUCAGGGGGGCAAGCCUCCUGGGUCUCUUAUGAAUCCCAACAUGAAGCCCAACAUCUCCCCUUCUCACUCCCGUUCCAGUACCUCAGGUGACAAAUUAUCCUCCCCUAUGAAAAUGCAGCAGUCCCAGGUUCCUGGAACACCUCCUUCAUCCAAGGCUAAAUCACCAAUGGGCUCAGGAGGCAGCAGUUCUGGAGGGUCUAAGUCAUCUUCUGGUGGAGGCAUGAGCUCCCAGAAGCCAAUGGGUGGGAGUUCUUCCUCUGGCUCCACAUCAUCCACAUCAUCCUCCAGCUCCUCCUCUGCUUCAGUGACCCUCUCUGGAAGCUCCCAACCUCAGUAUGGGAGUAGUGGUGGUGGAGGAGGAGGAGGAGGGGGAAGUAGUGGGGGGGCAGGUCAGAAUAACGCAAAUAAUCCUAAUGCCAAAGGGAAGUCUCCCAGCCGAAACAAGAAACCAUCUCUCACGGCAGUCAUAGAUAAACUGAAGAGUGUAGGUGGAGGAGGAGUAGGGGAGGAUGGGUGUGAGGUAGGGCCACCGGCAGGGGGAGCUUGUUCCACAUCCACUCCUGGUGUCGGUGCUGGAAAUGUUCCCAGCAGUGGCCCAUCAAACAUGGGUCCUUCCAAACAUGUGCCAUCCCAGAGUGGGGAGUACAAGCGGGAGAAGUCAGAUAAAGAGGCAAAAACAAAACCGCCAGGGACGAGUGGGGAUAAAAAACUAAUGGACCCAAAAACAGGAGGGGUGGGCACGACUGGUCUGGCUAAAAUUAUCAUUAGCAAGCCUGAUGGUGGUUCACCAAGCAUAAAGGCUAAAGUGACCCUUCAGAAAGCAGGGGAAGGAUGUAGUGACUCCAUGCGUCCCCAAAUUUCAAGCCACAAAGCUUCUCCCCUCUUCAGUGGUUCUACUCCCAAGCACGACCGCUCCUCCCCAAGCCACAGCAGAUCACCAGGAUACACUCCACUCAACCACGACAGCGAGAGCGAGUCAGGCAGCAGCUCAGUGGCUGAAAAAUCCCACCAGAACAGCCCCAGCUCGGAUGAUGACCAGACGAUACGUCCCCUUCCCCCCCAGGACUACAUGAGUUCCAUCCCCCUCAGCUCAGGGGAGAAGCACAAGAAACACAAGAAGGAGAAAAAGAAGCAGAAAGAGAGGGAACGGGAGAGGGACAGAGACAGAGAGCGGGACCGGGACAAAGAGAAGAAAAAGUCAUCGAUGACGAUGGGGCUGUCCUCGCAUCCACUAAAAGCAGAUAGUUGGUCCAGGUCACCCAUUUCAGCUUCAGAUUCUUCGUUGUCCAUGCUGGGUUCAGAGCGUCCAUCCCGGCCCAGUCCAAUGUAUAUGAGAAAUGAAGAUGAUGACCUCAUGGACUCAGCCCUCACUGGCAACCUCUAAUUUUCUUUAGAGAGUUGCUUUGUGUUGUCACCAUUUUAACACAUGCCUUUAAACAAAAAAAUUAAACUCUUAUUUAUUUAACUCAUGCCACAAGUUGGAAGUGGAUAUAAGACUUGCGGCUCUGAAUGAUCAUUUUCCUGCAAAAGAUGUAUUUUUAUGUCUUAUUUAAACUAUUGCAACGCUGUCAUCGUCAUCCACAUCCACCUCAGAAGCAGCUUCCCUAGGGAAGUGGUUUUAAACAGUAUAUUUUUGUAAAAACUGGCAUUACUUUCCUGAAUGUCAGAAGGUCUUUAUUGUCACUAAGUAGUUAUUACAUGUUUUGCUCUCAUUUACUACAUAUACCACUGUUCCUACGUCGUUGUUAAAAACAUUACUGUUUAUUGUCAAAAAAAGUAUGUUUGUUAAAAGCAAGUAUUCUAAAGCAAGAAAGGUACAGUGUUCAGUUGCCUUGUUUUUCAGAUACAAUUGGGAAUUUUUAGAUUUUGAUACAUUUUACUUUAAUUUGUAAAUUAGUGUAGACAGAAAAGACUGCAGCACACAUGCUGGUAAUUUUUUUAACUGUAGAAAUGUUGGAAGCUCAAAAUAAACAUUGCAUUAAAA